AUGUUAAGACGUCAAGGUCCUCAAGAAUGGAUCCACGAAGAAAUCAAAAAUGUUAAUGCAAUAGAAUUUCAGUAUAAAGACGAAGAAUCACCAUUAUAUUAUGUAAUGAAUCUUACUUCUCGGAUGAUACAAUAUACAUUGAAAGAUGUUUUGACAGCUGGAUAUUUAAUUGAAGAAUGGAAACCAGAAUUAAUAACAGAGCUUUUAUCUUAUUUUAGACCAGACAAUAUGAGAGUCACUGUUAUUUCCAAAACAUUUCAAGACCAGACUAAUGCAGAGGACAAAUAUUACGGGACACCGUUUACACUAUCUAAAAUUCCAGUGGAAACAAUUAAUUUUUGGCUCGAAGAUGAUAUUUGCAACGAUUUUAAAAUGCCAUUAAAGAACAAAUACAUUGCUCAUAAAUUUAACCUAUUGCCAAUUGAAAAUAACGAACCCGAAAUCCCACAAAUAUUUUAUGAUUCUGCGAUUCUGAGAUGCUGGCUAAAAAAAGAUACUGAAUUCAGAUUACCCAAAGCAUAUGUUUCAGUUAAAUUUUUCAGGUAA